AUGUUAUCUCAAUUUUUGUAUAAAAAGCCAGUUCAGUUGGCAUCUUUCACUUCUUUAUUCAUCAAGCAACACAAUCGCACAUUGGCCGCCAUGAGUCCCCAAGCUGUCGAACAAGAACAACAACAACCUGACGUUUCGGUGCAAGAGCAAAUUAGAUUGGCCGAGAUUGAGAGAGAUAACUUGGACAUUGUCAAGAAGCAUCGUGCUGACCCUGCUAUCGUCGAAUACGAAGCCUACAGCCAUGCAUCUGCCAGUGAAAAGAAGCACUCCUUGACCGUCUCUACAUUGAGAGGCCCUGGUAUGAUCAUUGUGCCUCCCCUUAUGUUCUACAACAAGACCUAUACAGAACUGACUUCUGUCCUUCAUCUCGGUAAGAACAUCUGUGGACAUGAUGGUAUUAUCCAUGGUGGUUUAGCGGCUACCAUCUUGGAUGAAGCUUUGGCUUGCGUUGCUAUUCCUGCUUUACCAAACAUGUUUGGUUUCACUGCCAACCUCAAUAUCAACUACAGAAAGCCCAUCAUGUCAAAUCAAUGGGUUGUGAUGAAGGCCAAGUUGGAUAAGAGUGAGGAUCGUAAAGCUUACGUCUCUGCUUGGAUCGAGAGUUUAGAUGGCCAAACUGUAUUCACUGAAGCUACUUCAUUAUACGUUUCUCCCAAGGUGCCUGUCAAGAAGCCUGAAUAA